UGACUCUUGAGACUUAUUGGAGAUGAGGACGGGAUGUUACACCGAUGAUCAUGGAUCACAGCAUUCAGUGGCUCAUUUAUUGAAGAAAAGGGAAACAUCUUCUUUUGUUAAAGCAGAAGAUAUUGUUGGGAGGCAGGAUGAUAAGAAUGUGAUAAUUGAGAUGCUUUUUGAUCCCAGUUAUGAUGCGGAAAGGGUUACUGUGAUUCCGAUUGUGGGGUUUGGCAGACUUGGAAAAACCACUCUUGCUCAAUUGGUUUUCAAUGAUAAGAGUGUUCGACAACAUUUUGAUCUUACUAAAUGGGUGUGUGUGCCUGAGGUAGACAAUCAAAAGGCAGUACUGGAGAAACUUUAUGGGUGCUUCACUGGUGAGGAGUCUGGUAAUCGCUCAGUAAAUCAGAUUAAAUUGCAAAUCCAAGAUUCAAUAAAGAACAAUAAAUAUUUUCCAUGAAUACAAUAAGGGACCACCACUUUACUCUCAUAUACACUACUUUCGGGUCCAGCAAUUAUCUCUUUCCAAUGGGUCAACCUUAAAGGAAUAGAGGGAGAGGUGCUAAAAUGGUUACUACUCAGAAGUCAGAACUAAUUACAGUCAAAUUAUUGUAGGUCAUAUCUGCUAAUACUUGUAACAUGUUAGCACUUAUUUCCAGUGAUUGAUUGGCAGGUGCUCCUUGGUCUAUGGGGCAUCUAUUAUGCAGGAUUAGAAUCUCAAUGAGUACAACCUAGAUGACUCAAACACCAGGGAGAAUCCGAACAAGAUAGUGGGUGGAAGAUAGUAGGUGGAAGGCAUUUCUCUAUCAUACUCUAAUUUAGGUGCAGAAAUCAUUGGUUUCUGAAAUUGCUUUA